GAAUUCGAAAAAUAGUCGUUACUCCAUUCUACAUUCUGCAUCGCUUCAUACAUGGGCCAGUUUAAUUUUGAUACUGUGUAUUUUUAUUAAUUAAUUGCGCGAAUAUUUAUGAAAAUUCCGAUUUUAAAAAUAAAAUUUAAAUGAGGGUUUCCCUUGGACGUAAAUCACCGGGACCGAAACCCAGAUUGGGUAGAUCAACGGAGAUGAAAGUAUAUAUUCGUGUACGGCCAUUUAAUGAACGCGAAAAAGAUCACGAAUGCAGGAGCAUUGUUAAACAACUCGACGACAAAGUUUUAGUAUUUGAUCCUAAAGAAAAUGAUCAGCCAUUCUUCUUCCAUGGCGUUAAACAAAGAAUGCGUGACAUUACUAAAAAACAAAAUAAGGAAAUACAGUUUAUAUUUGAUCAAAUUUAUGGUGCAUCGUCCACCAACGAAGACGUGUACACUGGAAGUAUCAGCAAUAUUUUACCUUCGUUAUUGGAAGGCUAUAAUUGCUCAGUUUUUGUGUACGGAGCAACUGGAGCUGGAAAAACUUUCACUAUGUUGGGUAACGACCAAACUCCAGGUAUAAUAUACCUAACUAUGCAAUCUUUAUAUGAAAAAAUUAACGAACUUCAAGACGAAAAACAUUUUGACAUCGGGAUAUCUUACUUAGAAGUGUAUAAUGAAAAAGUUUUCGAUUUACUGAAUCCUUCUAAGGAACCGUUACGGUUAAUCGAAGACUCUGUUAACGGAGUAAUCGUAGCUGGUAUCAAGCUGAUACAGAUUAGUGAAGUUGAGCAUUUGUUUGAUUUAUUACGUCAAGGAAAUGCCAACCGAACACAGCAUCCGACCGAUGCAAACGCCGAAUCCUCUCGAUCUCAUGCUGUAUUUCAAGUUUUUAUCAAGAUACAACAAAAAAGCAGCGAAAGAGUUCAGAUAGUUAAAUUAUCAAUGAUUGAUUUAGCUGGUUCUGAAAGAGGAGCAGCGACGAAUUUCAAAGGAAGUCGCUUCAAAGAAGGAGCUCAUAUUAAUAAAUCGUUACUCGCUUUGGGAAAUUGUAUCAAUAAUUUAGCAGAUAAUGUGAAACACAUUCCCUAUCGUAAUUCGCAGCUAACCCGUUUACUUAAAGAUUCUCUCGGUGGCAAUUGUCAAACAGUGAUGAUCGCUUGCGUUGGUCCUACUCCGUCUUCUUACGAAGAUACUUAUAACACUUUGAAGUAUGCUGCUCGUGCCAAAACUAUCAAAACAACGAUUGCUAAAACGGUCAUGUCCAUUGAUGGACAUAUUAAUAAUUAUAAACAACUGAUUCAAGAAUUACAAAAUAAAAACGCUGCAUUGGAGAACGAAUUAAGAACAUUAUCUUCGCAACCCAAAGUAGGAGAUUUGACUUCUUGGCGCGAGAAAAUUCGUAAUUUAUUCACGCAGAAGAAAAGUUAUCAUCAAGAAAUUUUGAAUAUCGAAUCAAAAGAAAAACUUCUCUUAUGGAAAAUUAAAUACAAAUCUACCAAUGCCGAAAUAAUCAACUCUUUUCACGAUUGUAACAAUGAUGCGGAUUCUCUACGCCUUGGAGUAUCGGUAAAUCGUAUGGAAGGUACUGUAAAUGGAUUGCAUUCUAGAAUGGCUGAAUUAUGGGACGCUAAAUUCGAAAAUGAUGAGCUUAUCAAUAAUCUGAAAAAUGAAAUCGAAAAAAAUAAUCUCAUCGAAGCGCUGGAAAAAGAUUUUAUUAUCAACGAAUUACAGAUUAGCGAAAUGGAAAAAGACAUUCAUUUAACUCACAGGCACAAAUUUAAUAAUCUCAUGUUCAUCACAAACGAAACUCAGAAAAACAUUAUAUUGAGAAUGGCCGAACAAUAUAAUCAGCAUCAUAAUCUAUUACGAGGAUUCAACAAAGUUACUGGCACUAUGGUUGAAGAGAAGAAAGAUAUCAGCAAUAUGCUCAAAGGAAACUAUAAUAUUACAUGGGAUGUAUCACCUCAUAACGAGAAUAAAAGAAGAACUGAUAUGCUUAACAAAUAUUCUACUUUAUCGUUGGAUAUUCUUCACAGCCACGUGAAGCCCUGUCCUCUGAUUUCACUAAACGACGAAAACGAAGAGGACGAAGAAAUGAAACUUGCUCCACAAGAAGAGAAAAUCGAAACAGAUGAAACCAAUAGUACUUUCGUUGUUCCCGAAACUGUAAAUAAUUUGAAUUCAACUUUCACCAAGAAUGAAACAUUCGCCAAGCCUUUAAAAAGUCCUCGUCGAAUUGGACAUCGUUAUACUCCUAUGAAAUCUAAAAGAAUCGCGUCAAAGGAAAAUAUGAACACUUUAAUAGCUAUCUCCAAAAGAACCCCCCUCAUAAAACCUCCUAAUAUUCGAAAAACGGGAACUGUAUCCAGUUUCAGAACCCCUAAAGUCCCGUUGGGAACUUGUAAUAAAUGAUAAUCUGACUUCAUGCGGUUCACUCCUUUCAACAGUAUUUUUAGUGGAUAUUCAUUAUGUAAUAUUUACCAAACAUGAACGAUUGUUUUUUAUUUUUAGUGGGUCAAUUUUUAUGUGUGUAAAUUUUUUUUCUUGUGAUAUUUGAUAAAUUUUAAUAAUGGUAAUUCGUUUGAUUGAUCGCGAGCUUUUACGACUAUACUUUUAACUCAAUUAUUCAAAUUUACUCAUGCUCUUCAUUUUGUAGGUAUUUGUAGAUGUAGGACUAACACAAAUUAUGCUUGUUUUACCUUUAAUGUUUUAACUUUUUUGUACUUAUUUUUUUUUAAAUCGCGAGAAAUAUAUAACUUAUUAAUGCAAUCAUCAAAUGAACGAAUAAUUACUCACACUUUCCAUUUUCAUAAUUAAAAAACGUAAAAUAAAAUAAAACCUUGUUUGCGUUGUCAA